GUAAUGUAUUAGUCGUUGCUUAAUUAUCCUUAAGAAGUCUUAUUAAUAUGUAUGUAUGAAGAUCUAUCUGGCAGGAAUGCAUUUUAAUGAUGUCGCUGAAAGGCAACAAGCUAUAAUUUCAAGAAGAGUAUUAUGUCAUGACUAAACAAUGGCAAACUCAUUAGAGCAGCCCAGAAAUAGUGUGCUGGGUGGAAGUAAAAAUUCAAAUCCAUUUUAAUUACAAUCUUAAUUAGAAAAUGUUUAGACAUCUUGCCUGCACUGUUAGAAAAUCAAAUGAUUUAGAAAUAUCCCUGCUGGUAAAAGUGUUUAAAAAUGUAGACUACAGCUUCCAGUCCCAUUAUGGGCAGCCUGUGUAAAACCCAAAUAUGAAAGGAACAGUUGGAAACUAAACAUUAAUUAGUCUCAAUCAAACUUAGAAUUUUUAAGUAACUAAAACACAAGGCCUACAGUCUCAGCAGAAAAUAACUAGAAGCUCCAGUGCAUAGGCUGUAAUGUUCCAUAUAAGUAAAUAACAGUCUACACUUUAAAAUUAAGGACAGCAGUGAUUUUCAACCUUUUUUCAUUUACAACGCCCCAAAAAUGUUACAUGGAGGUGCAAAUCCUAUGGAAAUCUUAGACAUAGUCGGUGGACCCCCAGAGGUCCGCGGAACACAGGUUGAAAACCACUUAUAUACAUCAUAUGUAACGGCAUCUAUUUUCUGUACCCACUAUGGGUGCUUUACCUUUUAUGUAGCUUUUUGUGAUGCAUAUCUGCUGCUUCUCCUAAAGUAAAUCACCAACACUUAACACAACCUUACCCAGUGCUUUCUGAACAACCCCACUAAAUCUAAGGAGGCAGCAUGCCUAAAUACAAACAUAAAAGGGCAAGAAGAAAAUAGAACAGCAAGAGAGCUAAUGAAGGGAGAGAGGCUGGGGAGAGAAUGAGAAGGAAAGGAGGGAACGGAGAAAAGAGAAGCAUAGAAGACCAGGACAGGAGAAAACAAGAACCUGGGAUUCACAGAGAGGGUACUUACCAAACCGUCAAAUUGUGACACUAUGAAUAGUGAGGGGUAUCACAGAAGGAUGGAUGAGAGUUCAAGUGUGUCACUGAAACACAUAGUGAAAUCCUUCAUGUAAGAUUUAACUGCCUUGGACUGAAUACAAAACAAUGCAAAAAAAAAUAAGUGCAACUUAGCUGAUCUGUACUUGAAUUGGCAAGGGGUGAAAUGGAAAAAGGAGACAGAGGAGGGCAGUGAGUCAGAAUUAAAUAGGGAGAGAAGGGAAGAGGGAACUGAUGGAGAUGGCACAGUGAGAAAUAAGGCAACAAGAAUUUGAGGUGGGAUAAGAGGAGACGACAAAAGAAAACAGACACAGGAAGAGAAAAGGACUCAGAGGAGAACAGAUAAAGAGGAAAAGCAGGUGGAGACGGAGGCAGAGCCAAAAAACAAAAGGCAUUUUAAUUGCCCAUGCAGAGACCUCUGCAGAUCAGGCCAGGCAAUAAGAAAAAGUGAAGGCAGGCUGGCUUCCUCUGUUACCCAUGCUGAACAUUUGAGAGAGACUAUCACACAUCUGCCACCAGCUUUGCUGGGAUGAGGGGUCAGUUUGUGGCCGAGCAGUGGGAGAUUAGAGGUAAAGGCUGGGGGGGCGGGGUAGUUGGACAUGGCACCUGCUCUCUGGGACUCUGUGGAUGGCAUCUGCUGCCUCUCCCAGAUGCACUAUCAGAGAGAAGCAGAGCUCAGAUCCUGCGGCUCCCAGCCCAGGCCUCUGCAGCCAGGCUCCAGGAAAAUCCCCUCAGCUGGGAGGAGUACAGGGCCUAUGCCCCACAGCUGAACAGCUACGGGCCCACCCCCGGAAAACAGCGCGAGCAGACACAGGGGCGGGAUCCUGGCAAUGACUGGCGUGUGCAGGCCCCGGGCAGAUCCUGGAGCGGCGCUCCGCGGGCUGCUUGCCCAGCAGCUCGGUCGCUCUCUGGGGCGGGCUGUAGGGCAGCAGAGCCAUGUGGAACAAUAUCACUUCAUGCUCACUCUGGAGAGUCUCCUCUAGCUUCAUGGCUUCAAGAAUCCAAACCUUAACUCCUUUAUUCCUAAGAAAUUAUAAGGACUUCUGCAAAAACAGACAGACAAUAUGGACACUACGAAAUAGUCUCUGCCAGGUUAUGAAAAAGACUGUCGCAACAUUGAAAUAUAAUAUGAUUCCCCAUUGUUUUUUAAGUCACAAAGCAAGAUACAGACAGUAUACAAAAACCUUCCCUGUUUUAGAUGGAAGUAUCCCUUCUGUAUGUGAACAUGUGUUUGAAGAAAACUUAAGGAAUAGUGAGGCUUGUAUUCAAAGAUAUUCAGAGUUGCUUUGCAAGGUCAGUAAAGGAGGUGGAGAGAAGGCAACCUUGCGUCAUACCCAAAGGAACAAGAAGUUGCUUGUUCGUGAACGCCUAAGAAUGCUUCUCGAUGAUGAAACUUUUCUUGAGCUGUCCCCUUUUGCAGGGUUUGAUUUGCCAUAUGGUGAUGUUCCUGCAGCUGGAUGCCUCACUGGAAUUGGAAAGAUCUGUGGAGUCUGGUGUGUCUUUAUGGCAAAUGACGCAACAGUUAAAGGCGGGGCCAUUUAUCCCAUUUCAGUGAAGAAACAGCUAAGAGCUCAACAAAUAGCAGUUCAAAACAGACUUUUAUCGGUAUAUCUAGUUGACAGCGGGGGAGCAUUCCUACCACUACAGGCAGAACUCUUUCCUGACCAGUCUCAUGGUGGUCGAGUAUUCUACAAUGAGGCAAUAAUGUCUGCUAUGAAAAUCCCUCAGGUGGCAGUGGUGUGUGGUUCUUGUACAGCUGGGGGUGCCUACGUUCCCACCAUGGCAGACGAAACUGUGAUUGUAGACAAAAUCGGUAGUAUGUUUCUUGCUGGCCCCCCUUUGGUUAAAGCUGCCACAGGAGAAGAUAUCUCUCCUGAGGACCUAGGAGGAGCCAGUAUGCACUCUAAAGUCAGUGGCUGUGUUGACCAUUUUGCAUCUUCAGAAAAGGAGGCGUAUGAACGUGUUAGAAAUAUUAUCUUGACGCUAAAUUAUGAACUUCCACCAGAGGAAACUUUAGAGUAUGAUGAUCCCCUGUACAGUGCUGAAGAGCUUCUGGGGCUUGCACCACAAGGUUAUAGCUAUACUCUACAUAUAAAACUGAUUUUGAGCCGUCUGAUAGAUGGAAGCAGGUUCCAGGAAUUCAAAGCUGAAUAUGGAACAACAUUAGUAACGGGAUUUGCCCAUAUGGAAGGACACCUUGUUGGGAUAGUGGCUAACAAUGGUGAGCUGACUCAUGAUGCUUCUCUAAAGGGCAGCCACUUUGUACAGCUGUGUAGUCAACGAAGCAUUCCCAUCCUGUUUCUCCAGAAUACUGCUCCACAUGCAUCAGAGCCAACAAGUUUCUCACAGGCAGAGGAUCACACCAAUAGAUUAAAGGCACAGGCCUCUAUGAUGGCUGCAGUUGCUUGUGCUGCUGUGCCCAAGAUAACCCUUGUAACUGGUGGCUGUUACAGGAAUGAAAGUUAUGCCAUGUGCGGGAGGUCAUUUGAUCCAAACUUCCUGUUCCUGUGGCCUAAUGCAAGAGUUGCCCUUGUGGAUUCAAGACAUAUUUCCACAUUCCCACAAGCUAGAGAUGAUGACUGCACAGGAGAUGACUCAGAGUUAAAGCAUCUAAAAGAAAAGCUAGAGGAAGAAAGCAGUGCAUUUCACUCCUCUGCUCGACUCUGGGAUGAUGGCAUAAUACUGCCACAGAAUUCUAGGAAGGUGAUUGCACAGUGCUUAACGAUUAUGAAACAGCAGAAGUACCAGAUCGCAUCUCUGCAACACUACCCUGUUAUCAGACUGUAAUCAAACUACCAUUUGCAAAUAAUUGGAUUUUUAAGAAUGCCAACAUAUAAUUUUUUUAAAUGGAAGUGAUUUUCUAACAGUUUGAUACCUUUAGUAUAACUUGAAUUAGUUCUAGACACUGUCAGUAUACAAAAAGGAAGCUCAGAUUUCAGCCUAUUUGGGUUACGUUUGUAUUUUGAUCCCUCUUGCGCUAGCAAAUUUGAAAAUUAUAUUGUAUGAAAAGAAAAAAGAAAAUGCAAUUAAUAAACUUUUGGAUUUUGACACUU